AUGGAGGAGUACCCAGCCAAACAAGGCACCGAAAACCUCGACGACCCUCCCAACAGCAGACUUUUCGUGGUCGCCAGUCGGUCAGUAACCGAGGAUGAGCUCAGGGACAGUUUCUCCGUGUUUGGGGACAUCCAGGGGGUCUGGGUGGUCAAAGAUAAGCAGACAAAGGAGUCCAAAGGCAUCUGCUAUGUGAAGUUCUCCAAGUCCUCGCAGGCCUGUCUGGCCAUGGAGGAGAUGCAUGGCAAAGUGUUGGUGGAUGGCACUAAACCCAUCAAGGUGUUCAUCGCUCAGUCUCGAUCUUCAACGAGACACAGGGACGUAGAGGAUGAAGAGCUGACCAGGAUCUUCGUCAUGAUCCCCAAAACGUUCUCAGAGGAGGACCUUAAAGACACGUUCAAAGAAUACGGAGAUAUUGAAUAUUGCGUCAUCAUUAAGAAUAAGUUCACAGGGGAAAGUAAAGGUCUGGGUUACGUGAGAUACUACAAACCCUCCCAAGCUGCCGUUGCCAUAGAGAACUGUGACAAAACUUACAGAGCGAUUCUGGCUGAACCUCGCACCAAGGCUGCAACCACAGAGGAGUAUUCAUCAGGAGGGACGGCGAGGGGGGGUGAAUACAUGAACGCUGGUGACAACAUGAACCAGUACGCCUUCCCCAUGGGCACACAGCUGCCUGGUGGCAGCAACAUACAAAGAAGUGUGGCAAUGCAUCACCAAUCGCAGGAAAGAAGACAGCUAGCAACUGACCCUGGGAACUAUCCGGUCAUGGACUACCGCUCCGGUGACUUCACGCGCUGCCUGAUGAUGUCGACACGGGCCGCUCUUACCCAAGAGCAAAUCUUUGCUCUGUUUGACCUCAUUCCUGGCAUGGAGUACUGCGAGCUGCAGAGAGACGCUUACGGCAUGAGCAAAGGUCACGCUUUGAUUCGCUACAGUAACCUCGGAUCUGCUGUUUACGCCAAAGAUAAACUCAACGGGUUUGAAUACCCACCAGGCAACAGGCUGGCGGUGAAUUUUGUCGAUGAUGGAGAAGAUCGCAGCAGUCCUGUAGGUCGAAUGGCGAUGCAGUUCGUAGCGACCCAGAUGAUGUCUGCAGUGUGGAACGGACCAUCGACCAGCCAAGUGAUGAAACCUCCUGGCUACCCUCCCGUCUCCCAGAUGUCUCGGGUUCAGACAGAUGUGAACCUUCCUCCUCUGAAGAAACUCGCUCCGCCCGACAGCAAAUCAAAGGAGCGCUUGUUUGUAGUGUUCAGCCCUUCCCCGCUGCCUAUGGAUGUGCUGGAGGAUGUUUUCUGUCGCUACGGCUCCCUCAUCGAGGUCCAUUUGGUUCCUGGGAGGAAGGUUGGAUACAUGAAGUAUGCUGACAAACAGUGUGCAGACGAUGCCUUGGCGGCGCUGCACGGUCGCGUUGUGAACGGAGUCAAAAUGAAGGUGAUGCUGGCCGAUCCUCCCAGAGAGGAAUCCCACAAACGUCCUCGUACCUACUAAAACAACACGUGAAGGAAAUGACUGGCGACUGUUGUCAUGACACAAUGACACCUGACCUGACCCGACCGACCGACAUCAAGACCUUCUCCCCGACCGACCGACACGACCUUUUAUGACAACAACUGUCUGACCAUGCUGUGACCCCCCCCCCCCCCUAAACCCCACCUACACACACACACACACACACACACACACACACACACACACACACACACACACACACACACACACACGCACACACACACACACUGUAGCAUCACCACUACUGAAAAUGAAGCCUUAUUAUCAGUCUGUGAACAGUAAGUGCAUAUUGUGUGUAGUUUGUGGUCAGUUAGUGUCAUUAAAACGCUUUUUUGGGGAGUUUAUUUAACAUAAUUUCAAUUUCGACACUUUUUAUUUGUUCUCGUGAGCCGAACGAACGGUUGUACAUCCGCGGUAGUCUCAACACAUGAUUAACAGACUACUAAAAGAGACAUAUUUUAAGUUUAAACAUCUCACGUUACACAUAGUUUAGGUUUUUCGUUGGCAGCAUUUUCAGCUUGAGACCUUUUUUAGAUAUUUACAUUCAUGCAGUUCAAUCUAGACUUCUUCUUUUUUUAAAUUUUUUUUUAUUUGUUUUAAUUUAGUUUGACUUUGCUCUCUUUCUCUCAAUGGUAUGCCUUUUUGUAAUCUAAUGUUUAGCUCAGUUUGAAGGUGUUUAUCUGACUGACUGUGAGCUUUUGUUUCAGAAUAAAUAAAAUAAAUCGAUUAAAACAAA